AUGGGGGGUAGUCCCACCGAAGUCAUAAUGAAGCAAGCACCAGUUAGAUUUGACCCGAAAACUCUACAUAUACCAACAUAUUCAGCUGAGAAGUUAUCAUCUAUGAAGGACGUGGACUGGAAUGACUUCUUGCAACGAGUAUGUUCACUGCUUGAUUCCACUGAGAAGAAUACAGGAGCAGCACGUUCUAAACUGAACUUACUGUACUACCUGUGUACUGUGGCUGUCCACAAGGAAAUUGCAAGCAGGCUAAUUAGCUCUCAACUGUUUCCUAUAUUGAUACAGCAGCUGCGUGCAGCCGCCAACUGGGAUAUACGUGCCAAAGUUGCUCGAGUGAUUGGUUUACUGGCAUUACACACAUCUGAACUUAAAGAGAAUGUACCUGUUUCUGAGGCAAUUGUACUCCUAACUGAACUCAUCAGAGAGAACUUCAGAAAUAGCAAAUUGAAACAAUGCCUUCUACCAGCACUUGGAGAGCUGCUUUACCUCAUAGCCAGCGAGGAGGAAAAAAGGGAGCACUCUAGAGAAUGCUGGGUUGUUCCCUCAGCUGCUUACACUGUGCUAAUGAGGUGUCUUCGGGAAGGGGAAGACCGGAUAGUGAACCAUUUGGCAGCAAAGAUAAUUGAAAAUGUUUGCACUACUCUCUCUUGCCAUGCACAAGGUUUUAUUACGGGAGAAACUGGACCUGUCUUGUGGUACCUUUUCACACAUUCUACAGUAGAUUCUUUGAAAAUAACUGCUGUUUCGGCUUUAUGCAGAAUUACUCGUUACUCACCUAAUGCUUUCCAGAGUGUCAUUGAAAAAGUGGGAUUAACAGCUGUCCUGAGUUCCUUAGCAAAUGGAAUAUGCAAAAUUCAGCAGUACAUGCUCACCAUGUUUUCAGCAAUGUUGUCAUGUGGGAUUCACCUACAGAGGCUGACUCAAGAAAAGGAUUUUGUGACUACAAUUACUCGUUUACUUGAAAGCCCUUCAACUUUUAUUCGAGCAAAAGCCUUUCUGGUCCUGCUACAAGUUUUAUUUAAUAACAGGGAGAUGUUGCUACUCAGCUGUCAAGCAAGACUUGUGAUGUACAUUGAAAGAGACAGCAGAAAGACCACACCAGGAAAAGAGCAGCAAGGCGGCAGUGAAUACCUGUCAAAGUGCCUGGAUCUUCUCAUCUGUCACGUUGUGCAGGAGCUGCCAGGAAUUCUAGGUGACAUUCUCACUGCCCUAACUAAUGUCUCUGGACGUAAACACCCCUCAACGGUUCAGUCCAAACAGCUGAAGAUGUGCCUUCCUAUGAUGUCUGUAGUGCUUCGUCUUGUGACAUCCCAGGUAUUUCGUGCCCAGAUAGUCACAGAGGAGUUUCUUUUCAACUAUGGGACCUUACUUAAUUUUAUCAGAUCGAUAGAUUCAGGAGAAACAAACUUGGAUAGAGCAAUAGGGCAAGCUGCAUCAGAAGAAUUGAUUAAGACUACUUUAUCAACCUUUGAAGCAGUAACACAGCAUCCUGUCUUGUUGACAAUCCAUCACUUGACCGUUGAAGACUGUAUCCUCCCACCACUAGUUUCUUUGGUCCACAGUCAGAAUGUGGAAUGGAGACUCUUCAGCUUGCGGUUGCUCUCAGAAACCACAUCACUGCUUUUAAGCCACGAGGUCAUGGCUGAGGAGAAAGGGGAGAGCCUUGACUCAAACAGCAAGCUUCUGUCUCUCAUUAGAGAUUCAUUGCUGCCUCAGUAUGAGCACAUUCUAAUGGCUCCAGACCCAGUACCAAUGUAUGCUCUGAAACUGUUGGUGGCCCUGACUGAGCACAGCCCUGCGUCUGUGAGCCUAGUGGAAGAAAUCCACCUUUUCCCAGUUCUUUUCCAAGUCAUCUUGGAACACCAAGACAGUGUACUUGGGAAUACAAUGCAAACUGUAAUCGCCUUACUGAAUAACAUGGUUGCUAACAAAAGCACCAACAUGAUGUUACUCUUUGAAGAAGGACUGACUCAUCACAUCUGUAAUCUCCUAAUAGAGACUGUGGAUCUGUACUUGGAGGCAGAUGAUAAAAGCUGCAUCAAGACAGCAAAUGCACUGCUUCUGUCCUUGCUUGACAUUUUGCGCUGCAUGCUGAUGUAUACAGCAAACGUUGUGCGCCAGACUUUACAGGCACAGAAAUCUGGCACAGGAGGGGGGACACAGGCUGCUGAAGAUCUUCUGCUUAUCAAUAAACCCCUGACGGACCUAAUUAGCCUGCUUAUUCAACUGCUUCCCAGUGAAGAUACUGAAAUAUUUGUGAGUGCCUCACAGUGCUUGUCAUUGCUGGUUCAGCUGUAUGGAGGGAACAGUCAGGAGAACAUGUCUCCAGAAAACAUGGACAGCUUUGCUGAAGUACUGAAGUCCAAAACAGAUACACGACAACUGAAGCUUUUGUUGAGAAUUGUAAAGAGGCUGAUAACUUCAAACGAGAAGUGCUCAGAGAGCCUGAAGAAUGAUGGUGAUGCUCUUAUCAAAGCUCUGGAGAGCCUGGCCCAAACUGCCAGGUGAGUUCCCUCAGGCUUCCAGGAAUUUCCAGGGCUGAGAGCCCUCGCCUCCUCCUUUGUCUGUGAUGAUCUUCUCCCGUAA